UCUUCACUGACCAAUUAUAAAUCACCAUUUUGGGGCCAAAAAAAUCUUCCAAAAAUUUGAUUAAAUAGUUUUAUAUGCGAUCAUUCAACAUAAGCAGCAGGUAUAGUCAUAGGCAUAGGCAUUUUUGGCCUUUAUGCAUGCUCUGGUCAAAUACAGCGCAUACAUUGCAAAACAGUGGAAAAAUGAUAACCUAUCUAAAACAAAAAGGGUGACUGUGAAAAGGAAAAGUUCCUCUCCACUAUGUGAUAUAAAUGUUGCACUACAUGUUUUACCUUGCUGUUGUGUUGACAAUCCCUUUAGCGCAGCACUGUCUAAUGGUUGCAUAAAAUAACCCCAGCCUCUACUGUAGCGUUUAUUCCAUGCGCCUUAUAUAUGGAAAAAAGUUUUUAAAUAUGUCAUUCAUUAAAGGUGCGCCUUAUAGAGCGGAAAAUACAGUACUUAAGUUCAUUUGAAUUGACUACAGUAUUUGUAAACGUCUACUUUUGCUUCUGAAACAUGGUAUAUUAUGCAUAGUCCAUUUCUUAGCAGUUUUUGGUUCCAACACUAACAAGCCGAUUUGUUGACUUAUCACAAAAAUACCGUAUUGGCCCGAAUAUAAGACGGUAUUUUUUGCAUUGAAAUAAGACUGAAAAAGUGGGAGUCGUCUUAUAUCCGGGGGCCCAUUCUCGACGCUAGUUGGCGAUGUUCUGUCAUGACAGAUCUCAGCUACUCUCAAGUCAACCAGUUUGCAUUAUUGUAUUGCAAUGUUUUUCCUUAUUCAGAUUUGUUUCAAGACUACAGUUAGACUUCACUUUGAUGGUUAAUGCAGUUAUUGCAAUUUUGCUGUUUUUUGGUUUAAUCACAUUUCAAAAACCAGAAGCCAUUCAUUUACGAAUGCGAUUGCACUUUAGCGUACAUAUUUAAAUGUUCAGAUAUUAAGAUUUGAAUGAGGCAAAAUAACAUGCUUUUUCUCUCAAAUAUAUUGUUAUAAUCAGAUGUACUGUAAUUAUUUUCUGUAUAAAAAUGAAUUUGGUGUUCAAAAAGUCUUUUUUUCAAACUUGAGUCUUGAAAAAGAGGGGGUUGUCUUAUAAUCAAGGACGUCGGCCCACUACGGUAAGAUCAAUCAUUAAGAGUGGCAGCCCUACUGUACCAGCAUAAACCAAUCACGUAUGAAAACGAGUGAGAAAACCUGAUGUGACUGUAAAUGUCAUGGAUGGCGCUAAGGAGGUAGAAAAAUUAAAAUGUUGGCUAGGCGGGCGGAGGAUUCACAUGGUCCUUCAUAUCCAAGUCUACUUUUUGGUCUCCUGAGAAGCUUUCUUACUGUCCCGUCCUUUUUUUUUUUUGGUCCCUUACAUGAGAUACCAGGCAACCAGGCUGGCUAAAAGGGCCACGCAGAUGGCCACCAGGACUUGGCCGCUGGGGUGAUGCAACAUAGCCAUGGCUAGUUGACACGCGUGAGUCGUCCCGUCUGCUGCCGCUGAAACCAAAGAAAACAAAAUGUGGGGAGAAAAAGGGCAGCUCCUGAUGAACCGACAAAACCGAAUGACAAAGCGACAAAACCGACUGACAAUGCUGCAACUGACGAGGUGACUUCAUCUCAAGCGGAAAUGCGAGAAAUGAAACUGCUGGAGCAAGCAUUAGAAAGGGCCCAUUACGUGCGCACUGGCACCAGGCUUUCCGGGAAAGAACCCGAGAGGAGCAAACCCGCUCGGCUUCCGAAGGACUUUGCCGUCACGUCCAAAGAGGCCAAAGGAGAUCGGCCGGCCGGCAAAUCCUCGCGCAAGUCUGCCAGCGGUGACAAAAAAGCACCCAAAAAGCAUGGAAUUUCCAGCUCUUUGGACACCUGCGCAAGCAGAAAGUCGAAACGCGGCAUUGCUUCAAAUGCGUCCGGUAGCUAUCCGAGGACUGUUCAACGUCAGGCUGUCAAAAGCGGAAAAGCGACUGCCUCGGUGAGCACGAGUGCUGCAAGUUGCAAGGCGACCGCUGAGGCCCAAACCGCAUUAUUGCCCGUGAUGUCAUCUCAAAGUGCUGCAAGUUGCAAGGCGACCACUGAGGCCCAAACCGCAUUAUUGCCUGUGAUGUCAUCUCAAAAAGGAGACACGGCAGAUAUGCCGCAAUCCAUCAGAUUGGAGAGCGAGCAGACCGCCGAUUGGAUCUCUGUGAGCCUCAAGCAGAACAAAAUGUGGGACAAAGUGAUGGGCAGUCAUAGGAAAAUUGUGCCCGGGAGGAGUCGCUUCAUGGAGAGAAUGAGAGCAACGUUUCCAAAAGACUGGCCACGCGGAAGCCCGGAGCAGACCGGAGCUCUGGUCAGCAGGCUGAAUCACCGGGUGGAAGAACUGGCCCGGCGGUGCCAGACAAUGGACUAUCUGGAUCAGAUGACCCCGGAGCAAGAGGAGGAAGCGGGGAUGCGAAAAGACGGGUGUUCCCACACGACGCUGGAGAGACUGCAAACAACAGCGGAGGAGCUGCAGAGCAUUGCGUGGAAAGCCAAACAAGAGUGGGAAACGUGGGACCGACGGAGGCCAGAAGGAGCCCUUUUUGACGCCGCCGAGGCGGUCGCGUGUCAUCUGCCCGUGACUGUGGUUUACGCCUCGGAGGCUGAGCUGCAAGAGCUGGAGGCCGUCAGGAUGAGAGUGGCUCUCCUGCAGCAGGAGGUUGACCUCCAGCAGGCCCUUGUGGAUGCUCUGGCCCCGAAGCUAGCCUCAAGCGUCGCUUCUCGCACCGAGCCCAGUGUGCUGAGAGACCUUUACUCCCUGCUGGGUGAAGGAGGUCAGCGUUUCCCUGCCAUCGUCCUGGACUCCGACUAAUGACUCCCCUUUGCCCUGUUGCCUGUUUCUAAUGAACAAUUUGUAAGUGAUACUGGAAGAAAAAAAAUAAAAGAACAUUAUGUGCUAUCCGUCCCUCCGUUUCCUAUACCACACAUCUCAGCUG